AUGACCAACUGCACAAACGCGCCUCCUCAGGCGCCCAGCGAACCUGGAGUUGCCGGCGCCGGCAUCCUCCUCUCCUUCAUCAUCACCGCCGGCCUCGCCCUCAUCCUCUCCGCCAGCGUCAUCCUCGCCGAGAUUCGCGGCCGCCCCUCGGCCGUCCGGCGCAAGCUCCUCAACGGCUUCAGCGACUCGCAAAUCGUCCAGGGCAUCGGCGUGCAGUCCGUCGCCCUCGCCAAGAUGGGCUCCCUCGUGCCCUACCACUUCUUCCUCGUCUGGAUGCUGUCCCUGCUCUCCAUGGCCACCCACAACGCCACGCUCCUCGCCCUCGUCGGCGACUACCGCCGCGACUGGGUCCUGCGCUGGCUGCGCCAGCUCCUCAUGUUUGUCAACCUCGCCCUCUCCUCCGUCUCGGGCGUCUUUGUCCUGCAGGUCGUCUCCCGCGGCAUCCGGCAGCAGCGCUGGUACAAGACGGUGCAGGUCGCUGGACUGCUCGUCAUGGCGGCCGUGGCGGUUGGCGCGACGGUCCGCGUCGUGUUGCUGUCGUCGGCGUUUGGCAAGCCCUCGGUGACGCUCGCAGACGAAGACGAGAAGAGCUGGAGCUUUGGCCAGCUGCUGUCGAUGCUGCUGCUCGUCUUGCCGCUCAUAUCGGCGGUGGAGAUUUACAGAGGCGACGUGCAGAUGGCGCCGCCGCCGGCCGAGGACGCCGACCGGCUGCUGUAUGACGGCGGCGAGCUGCAGUCACGUCCGGGGAAUAGGUUCCAGCCAAACCCGUUCUUUGGCUCCAAGACAAACUCUUUCAAGAAGUGA